AUGGAUUACACCGUGUUGUAUACACUACUACUGCUGCUAGGGUUGUCUUGCUUCACCGUGACUCAGGGACAGUAUUACGAUGUCUACCAAGGCCUCCAGCAGUUCUACCAGCCAUAUCAACGACCAGUCGACCUAUUCGCUCCAUACAACAUAUACACAGGGACCCACAGACAACCAAACAGACAAGAUAACAGAAGAAGGAACGACGAUGAAGAAGUAUAUUCAAGAAGACCACCGCUAGAUGAAUAUGACAAUGAUUUUCCAAUAACAACGCCUAAAUCUAGUAGAAAAACUACUAAAUCUUAUUCUAGUCAUUCUAAUAAGAAUUCUAAUAUUAGGAAUUACAACACUGGUUUCAUUAACACAGAUCACAACAACAACCGGGGAAAUGAUAAUUUUAAUAGGGGUACCACAAACAACAGGGGUUCGCAAAACAACAGAGGAGUUUUAAAUACAAAUUACGAUGGGGAACUUUCGGGGGGUAAUAAUUACAACGAUAACCGUCGUCCGGGGGUUAAACCUAUACCUGGAGAUGUUAAUCAACCCCCUAUAACAAACAAACCUGUGACUAAUAACCCUUAUGAUUCAGGGUUUGGAGAUUUCAGCAAAAGCUCUAGUGAUUCGCCCGAUAUUUUGAUAGGGCCUGAUGAAGAAGACAUGUCGGAAGGGCAGAAGAGACAAUAUAUUAAUAUGGCUGAAAAAAUGUGUGAUGGCUACAAGAGCAUGCAUCUAAAGAAAAUUGUGGCUCUUCCAUUACUACCUUCGCCAGAUCCUGUACAAGUGAAUGUGUCUUCGUGCGUCCCAAUAACAGCUCCCCUUGUGAUUGGGGGGAAAGUAACAAGCAUCAAUGAAUUUCCACACAUGGCACUGGUGGGCUGGAAGAAAAUAAGAGGUUCCGGCUACGCUUGGAAGUGUGGCGGUUCCUUGAUCAGCAACCAGUAUGUCCUAACAGCUGGCCACUGCACGUAUCAAGACAAGGAUUAUGAAGUAGACAGUGGUCCACCGCAAGCCGUGCAGCUCGGUUCUUCUUACCUGAACGACCCUGGUGCGUUGGUUGUCCAAAUAUCAGCUGUCAUUCGCCACCCGAAGUAUAAACAGAGAAGAUCUUAUUACGAUAUCGCUGUUAUCAAAAUGGCUCAGACAGUCAAGUUCUCGGAAAUGGUUCGCCCUGCGUGUUUGGGAGUACCACCACCAGUUGGGAAGAAGGUUAUAGCAACAGGAUGGGGCAGAACCGAAUUCGGUGGAGAUCACUCAGUAGAACUCCGUAGCGUUUCCCUCCCAGUGUGGAACAUGGCAGAGUGCCGGGAGAUUUGGGGUACCUCUCUGAAACUACCCAAUGGGCCCUCACCCGCCAGUCAUAUGUGUGCUGGUGAAAAAGCUGGCGGGAAGGACACCUGUCAGGGUGACUCUGGAGGCCCCGCCCAAAUCCAAGAUGGCUGCGUUUGGCGCGUCGUAGCUGUUACUUCUUAUGGCAGGUCCUGUGGUGCACCAAAUACCCCAGCUUUAUACGCCAUUACGCAAAGAGUCUUCGUCGCAGCAGUCAUCUUUGGAUAUGAUGAUGACCAGGGACUCAAUGAGCGACCUACGUUUGAAGAUCGAAGGGAACCAAGUUUUAAUAACAGGCAAACGGGGUUCAGUAACUACAGGCCGGCUUCGUAUCCUGUUAAUGAUUAUAGACGACAAUAA